AUAACUUCCGUGUACAAUUGAAAAAUACACUCUGCUGUUGGAGACUUCGUCUUCUCCCUGGUCACUUCUGCUUACUUGCUCCACUCACACCGUGUUGUAUACUUCGGAUUUAUUGUAGGAGCCUACUACUCUCAACCGAAGACAUUUCUACAACCGGAACACAGCAGCUACAGCAGACGCAGUCCAAACAAUUAACGUGCCUGUGGAUUAUAUAAUUAAUUUGUAGCCGAGGACUUACACUUUAUAACCAAGUAAUCCUUUUUGUUGCUAUAACUCGUCACUGUAUUUUUGGUAAUAUAUUGUGAUUUAACACUCCACUGACUUGGAUUAUUACUUUUAUACUUGGAAUGUUAGUGAACUCUAAUAUUAGUCCCCUACAAAUUAAUUGGUGAGCCCGAUAAGAACACGGAUUAUUUUGGCAUAUUCAUAUUCUUAUUUUUGCUAUUUUGUAUAUUCAUUGUGAUUUUGUGUGUGGUUUAUAUUUGUAUCCUAAUUUGUACCAAUAACCCCAUAUUCAUAAUGUCAUCACCUCAGUCCGGUACAUCAAAUGAGCAGACAACUAAUAGCGAGACAAACGCCACAAUAAAUGCCAUCACUGAUUUUCGUUUACCCCAAUACGGUUUCGCAGAACCAAGGAUUUGGUUUGCGGUAAUUGAACCGUUGCUAGAAGCACGGGGCAUUAAGUCCCAAAUAGCCAAAUAUGGUAUGGUGCUGGCAGAACUCCCUCCGUCAGUAUUGACAGAAAUCAGCGAUUUCAUCGAAGAUCCUCCGACGGAACAUCAAUUUGAUAAACUUAAAGCCCUCCUCAUACAACGUACCAGUUUGUCGGAUGAGAAAAGAAUCCAACAAUUGCUCACAGGCUGUGAACUAGGCCCACGUAAACCAUCCCAGCUGCUCAGGCACAUGCGCCAGUUAAUCGGACAUCAUAAAGUAGACGAGGUAGUGCUGAAACAGAUGUGGUUGCAACGUUUACCUAGAAAUGUCCAGCAAAUUUUAAUCAUCUCAGGAAAGUCGUAUGACUUAGACCAACUAAGUGACAUGGCAGAUAGUAUUAUGGAUGUUUUAUCUGAUAACACCAUAAGUCACGUAGCAUCUGAUAGUGCCACACCGUGUCAUUCCACACCCACGGCAGACACACCGAUACUCGCCGCCAUUGCAGACUUAGCGGCAAGGAUUGACAAGUUGGAAACUAAUAGGUCGGAUCGACAAGUCCGGAGGCGGAGCUCACAGAGAAGGUCACCAUCACGACGACGAUCCUUCUCACGACAGCGUUCUUACACGUCUUCUCGGGAUAGCAAUAUAUGCUGGUAUCACUGGAAGUUUGGACGUCAUGCCCUGAAAUGUGUAAAACCGUGCAGCUUUAGCGAAGCCAACCAGGCUCAGGGAAACGCCUCAGCCAGACAGUGAUGGCGACAGCUGUUACUGGCAAUCACCACAGUCGCCUUUUUUAUGUGAGGGAUUUGACUACCGGCACAUUAUUCCUGGUAGAUACAGGCGCCGAGGUCAGUGUUAUCCCCCCCUCACUAUCCAGGCGAUCAGCCAAAAUACCUGGAAAACUUUCACUCCGUGCUGCCAACCAAACCAACAUACAGACGUAUGGCGAACAGUCAAUGAUUUUAAAUUUGGGACUACGCCGACGUUUCACAUGGAUCUUCAUAGUAGCUGACGUACGUCACGCUAUACUAGGUGCAGACUUUCUAAGUCACUUCAAUCUGUUGGUUGAUAUCAGCAAGAAAAAACUGGUUGACAAUUGCACCCAACUCAAGAUCCAUGGUAUUACAUGCGACUACUCUGUUCAUAGCAUCUGCAUAGAAAAGCCGGAGAGUGAAAUGUUCUCUGCUUUAUUGCAACGAUUUCCUAAAAUCCUUAAACCAUCAUACAAUGUCGAAGAUAUAUCUCAUACAGUUACGCAUAAGAUCAUCACAACAGGACAACCUGUGAAGGCACGUCCACGACGGUUACCACCCGAUAAACUAGCAGCAGCUAAGUCGGAAUUUGAACAUAUGAUGCAGUUAGGUAUCAUACGACCAUCUAACAGCCCAUGGUCUUCACCUCUGCACAUGGUACCUAAAACUAAUCAUGACUGGCGACCAUGUGGAGAUUAUCGCGCUUUGAAUAACGCUACGGUACCAGAUCGUUAUCCUAUACCUCAUCUCCACGACUUCUCCUUGACCUUACAUGGAAAGACCAUUUUUACUAAAGUUGACUUGGUGAGGGCAUAUCAUCAAAUACCAGUCGCUCCAGAAGACAUUGCAAAAACAGCAAUUAUUACGCCUUUUGGAUUAUUCGAAUUCUUGAGAAUGCCUUUCGGACUAAAGAAUGCUGCUCAAACAUUUCAGCGUUUUAUGGACCAAGUUACCCAAGGUCUUGAUUUCGUCUUUGUAUAUAUCGACGAUGUCUUAAUUGCCAGCUCAUCGACGGAAGAACAUAUGCAACACUUAAGCUUGUUAUUUCAAAGGUUUGAACAAUUUGGAGUUGUUAUCAAUCCAAAGAAAUGUAUUUUUGGUUCCCCUUCCAUUGAAUUCUUAGGACAUCGAAUAACUGCCGAAGGCAUCAGACCUACCGAAGAUAAGAUAGAAACUAUUAAGAACUUUCCCGAACCUGAUUCCUUAAAGAAACUUAGACGUUUUCUCGGGAUGUUCAACUUCUACCGACGUUUUAUUCCAUCAUGUGCCUCCAUAGUUCAGCCACUGACCGACCUACUUAGAUGCAAUUCGAAGAAAUUUCAGUGGUCUGAAGAAGCAAAAGCAGCAUUUAAUAAUGCAAAAGAUGCCUUAUCCAACGUCGUAAUGUUAUCUCACAUCAACCCAGAAGCUUCACUCAUUUUAUGUACAGAUGCAUCACAGGUAGCAGUGGGAGCAGUUUUACAACAAAAGUUCAAUAAUGACAUCACUCCACUUGCUUUCUUCUCCAAGAAAUUGGAACCUGCGCAAACUCGUUACAGUACCUUUGGCAGAGAACUGUUAGCCAUCUACCUAGCAGUGAAACAUUUCAGCUUCUUACUACAAGGUCGACAUUUUACUAUCUUAACCGACCAUAAGCCUCUUUGUUAUGCUUUCACCACUUCGUUGGACAGACACUCUCCGAGAGAAGCCAGACAACUGGAUUACAUCUCACAAUUCUCAACAGACAUCCAGUUCAUCAAAGGAGAUUCCAAUAUCGUAGCCGAUUCCUUGUCUCGAUGUGACGUUAAUCAUCUAUCUUCGAUAGAUAUUAGCCUAGACAAUAUUGCCAAGCUGCAGAAAAAUGACGCCGAACUCCAUACUUGUAGACGAAACUCCUCCCUACAGUUGCAGGAUGUACCUAUUCCCCUGUCUGAUACAACUAUCGUCUGCGACGUUUCAACGGGCGUUCAUAGACCUUUUGUUCCACUAAGUUGUCGAAAAGCAUUGUUCGAACAUUUACAUUCGCUUUCUCACCCUGGAGUACGCGCCACGGUCAGACUGAUCAGCGAACGCUUCGUGUGGCCUAAAAUGAACUCUGACAUUCGGAGAUGGGCACGAGAAUGUAUCCAAUGCCAAUGCUCCAAAGUACACCGCCACACUAUUACAACCCCGAAGACGUUUAAAUUACCCGAAAGGAGAUUUCAGCAUAUCCAUAUAGAUAUCGUGGGACCAUUGCCAACAUCAAGGGGAUAUACACAUAUCCUGACAGCGAUUGAUAGAUUUACUCGUUGGGCUAUUGCAUGCCCCUUAAACGACAUAUCUGCUGAAAACGUUGCUUUAGUUUUUCUCGACCGUUGGGUGUCAAACUACGGUGUACCAACUACUAUUACAUCCGACCGCGGUCCUCAAUUCCAAUCGACACUCUUUCGCGAACUGACGAGACUUCUGGGAGUGAAACAUAUCUCCACAACAGCCUAUCAUCCGGCAGCGAAUGGUCUAGUGGAAAGAUUCCACAGACAACUGAAAAGCUCCCUGAUGGCGCAGAAUGAUACAUCUAAGUGGAGUGAAUACUUACCUUUGAUUUUACUUGGUAUCCGUUCUACUAUCAAAGAAGAUUUAGGAUGUACACCGGCUCAACUUGUCUAUGGCACCAACCUAACCUUGCCUGGACAGCUAGUCCCCUCAGCCGAUUCCACAGACGUGAACAUUGCCGACUUCACUAACCGAUUAACUAGACAAAUGCUUCAACUUCAACCAACAGCACCUCGACAAUCUCCCCGAAGAGAUCAGAUCAACAAACAUCUACAAACUUGCAAAUUCGUCUUCAUUCGAGUCGACGCCAUCAGAAAAGGAUUGCAACCUCCAUACGAAGGACCCUUUCAAGUUAUUAAACGUUCAGACAAACACUUUACAGUGAACAAGAAUGGAAGACGAGAGACUGUUUCAAUUGAUCGAAUCAAACCCGCAUACACCGACAACGACUUCGAAUCUACAUCGGCAGCUGCGCAAUCAAAUAAUCAAACAUCCGAAUCCCCUCCACCGGCACCAAGUCUUAUCCUCCCUCCAUAUCACACACGUAGUGGUCGGCAAAUCAGUAAACCGGCUCGCUACGUUCAUUUUGAGGACUAACAAAAGAAAAAUAAUUAAAAAUUAUUAUUAUCUUUUUCGUUUAGACAUUAUCAUCAUGACGGUUAGUAUUUCGUCGUAAACUUUGAUGUUACUAUCACUAUUAUUUAUUUAUAUGUACCUCACCGAAAAAACAGGUAGUGUCCUUUCCAAAAACUAUUGAUCUUUAAUCCAUAUUUUUUUAAAUGUUUCUUUCCCCUCCUUAAUUACUGUGUAUUUACAUAUUUUUCUUUAUACAUUAAAAAUCUAUGUUCAUGGUUAGUGCAAAUUUAAGUGACAUGACUUUCUCUUUCAAUUUUUAUUGCUGAACCAAUUGUAUAUGCUUUCAGACUUUACAUGACUCACAUACCUUCUCGCGUUUAUGCAUGUUGUAAUAUAUCCCUAUUUUUAUCCAAAAGUUGCUAUUACUAUUAUUAUUUACUUCAUAGUUUUACUUAUCAUUUCCCGGUUGUCUCUCCGGACCUCUAGGGGGGGAGCCGUGUUGAGUACGUAACAAUGUGAUUGUACACUUUUUGGUUACUUGUAUAAAUUCGAGAUAUUGUACAUAAUUUUUGUUUAAAACGCUUCUUGUUGAAAUAUACAUAACUUCCGUGUACAAUUGAAAAAUACACUCUGCUGUUGGAGACUUCGUCUUCUCCCUGGUCACUUCUGCUUACUUGCUCCACUCACACCGUGUUGUAUACUUCGGAUUUAUUGUAGGAGCCUACUACUCUCAACCGAAGACAUUUCUACAACCGGAACACAGCAGCUACAGCAGACGCAGUCCAAACAAUUAACGUGCCUGUGGAUUAUAUAAUUAAUUUGUAGCCGAGGACUUACACUUUAUAACCAAGUAAUCCUUUUUGUUGCUAUAACUCGUCACUGUAUUUUUGGUAAUAUAUUGUGAUUUAACACUCC